CACGCGCGCACUCCUUUCCAGCCUUCAUCGUCUUCACACUUGCGGAGUGCAAGGUUCCAAUCAAUCCAGCUUGAACAUGCGACGCAGUUGCACGAAAGAUAACUAGGAUUUGACCCAAUAUGGCAGACGAGCCAGGCUCCCUCAAUUGGCGCCUCAGCGCCCAUCCCAUCACUCUCCUCACCUAUCUAGGCUUCCGAAUAGGAAGUCUUUUAAUGUACCUCUUCGGCGUGCUCUUCAUCCGCAACUUCGUUCUCGUCUUCAUCCUCACGCUCCUCCUGUUGUCCAUCGACUUUUAUUAUCUCAAGAACAUUGCCGGCCGUCGUCUUGUGGGCCUUCGCUGGUGGAACGAAGUCAACACAUCCACGGGCGACUCCCACUGGGUCUUUGAAUCGGCGGCAGGAACAGGCAGGGUGGAGAAUAAGACGGACAAGAGGUUCUUCUGGCUGAGCAUGUAUAUUGUGCCGGCAUUGUGGGUUGGCCUUGCAAUUCUCGCACUGGUGAGGUUGCAGAAUCUGAUCUGGCUGGUCACCGUUGUGAUCGCCCUGGUUCUCACAAUCACCAACACUGUUGCCUUCUCGCGCUGCGACAAGUUCAGCCAAGCGUCGAGUUUUGCGGGAUCAGCCCUCUCGGGCUCCGGACUUGCAAGAAGUCUCGCGAGUAACGUGAUGGGACGGUUUUUCAAGUGAGCAGAAUGAAAGGGGACUUGUACGAUAUGACAGAACGGCAUUGAAAGCGGAGUGUGCGAUUUUUGGGACAAUCAUCUCGGAAUAAGCGAAUCGAAGCCUGCCUCGACGCUAUAUCUUAAUGGAUCAAGAAAUUGCAAACGAGGAGACCCCCACGAUCUGCACGCCUCGAUGCAAUCUCCCAGCUGGACCUUUUGUUCAGCAAGAGUGCAUCGCUCAUGGAUUUAUGUUCGAACAAGCACCUGGGUGCCUAGGCGGACGACACACCCUUGACUCUGGCUGGCAAGCUCUAUCAGUUGUCCAACCGCUCCAGCUCCUCCGAGGCCCUCCCCUGAUGCAAAUAUAUCGCUUCUUCCCGCUCGAAUUAGAGGAAUCACCGACAGAGAAUCGUCCGUUCUCAUUGGCUCAUAGACGCAUCGCCCAAUAUCCAUCCAAACCUUCCACCUCGACACCGGACUCUCCCCUUCUGUCCCCUCCGUUGUCGGGCAGCAAGCACAAAAGGGACGGCCCAAGAUUCAGAGCUGGACCUGCCGAGGGCGGGAGACAGGGUUGCUGCCUGAGACCGAGUCCGAGGCAUAAAUUUGACCGUAGCCCUUUGUCCCGCCUUAUCUCAGACGGCCAGACCUGGGAUUUUAGUAUCUAUCUAUACGUGUUGCCGGGGGG